AUGUGCAGCCUAAACGUCCGUCGCUUUUGCGAGGAGUGGAGGAUUUGGAUACGUCCACUGCUAAUUCUCACAUAUGUGAUAUUCGCAAUCAUUGUCGUGCCACUUUUGAUAGUCAACUCGGUUAAGGAUGGCUUCUCGAGACGCGACCAACUGAUACUGAUUGGCGGCCUAUUCGUGCUUUCGGCGGUGCCCGUGUCGAUAUGGCAUAUCAUACAACACGUCAUUCAUUUUACGAAGCCUAUAUUACAAAAGCAUAUCAUACGUAUCUUGUGGAUGGUGCCGAUCUAUGCUUUGAAUGCGUGGAUUGGACUAUUCUUUCCGGCGCAUUCGAUAUACGUGGAUUCGUUGCGCGAAUGUUACGAAGCCUACGUCAUAUACAAUUUUAUGGUUUAUCUGCUGCACUAUUUGAAUCUCGGCAUGGACCUGGAGGCGACCAUGGAGUACAAGCCACAGGUUUAUCACUUUUUUCCCCUCUGCUGCAUGCGUCCCUGGGUAAUGGGCCGAGAGUUCAUACACAAUUGCAAGCACGGCAUUUUACAGUAUACGGUGGUGCGGCCAAUAACGACCUUCAUAUCUGUCAUUUGCGAGCUGUGCGGCGUCUACGGCGAGGGUGAAUUCGCCGGCAAUGUGGCCUUCCCUUACAUCAUUGUGAUCAACAACAUCUCACAGUUUGUUGCCAUGUACUGCCUGGUGCUCUUCUAUCGCGCCAACAAAGAAGACUUAAAGCCCAUGAAGCCUUUACCAAAAUUCCUUUGCAUCAAGGCUGUUGUGUUCUUUUCCUUCUUUCAAGGCGUUCUUCUCAACAUGUUGGUCUACUAUGGCGUCAUCGAGAAAAUGUUUGGCCAGCAACUGGGUGAUGCAAAUUUGUUGCAAAACUUUCUGAUUUGCAUUGAAAUGUUUCUCGCUGCGAUUGCGCAUAUCUAUAGCUUUCCACAUCAUCCAUUCCACAUUAAUUCACCACAGUAUUGGAACAACCCCAAUCAUAGUUGGUGUCGGGCCUUCCUGUCGAUGAUGGACAUUUCUGAUAUGCAGGAGGAUGUGACCGAACAUUUUGGCGUGUUUAGCAGCUCGAUAAGUCGGCGGUUUCAUGGGCGGAGCGCCUAUCAACCAUUGGCACGAGGUCCGCGUCGCCUGAGCAACGAAUCAGAUAAUUUAAUUAACAAGAGACUGGAUCAACAAUUGCCGACAUCGUCCUCGCAAGCAGGUAAUAGGGGACAGGGGCAGGGGCAGGGAAAGUAUAGCACCUAUGGCGCCACUUCAAGUCGUUUAAUUGUGCCUGUCAAUGUGUGCAUUGAAGAACGCAGUCAACAACUGAACAAAGUUACUGAAGCACGAACUCCCUCUCGAUUUCCCUUAGCAGGUGGCGGUGAAGCUGUUGGCGGUAUUGGCGGCGGCGAUAACAACUUUCAACAACAACAACUGCACUUGCCAGGCGCCAGCAAUUUCACGGGUAUCGCUCUUCAAAAUACAAAUGUCACAUCGAAGGCGGCGGCGGCACGUCAACGCGACUCACAACAUCUGCGCGAGCGUGGCGGCGGCGGCGCUGGUGGCAUGGGUGGUGGCGAUUAUCAGCAGCUGCAGUUUCUAGGCGGUGUUGGGCCCCCACAGAGUGGCAGCAGCUUUUUGCAAGCGCGAGCAGCGGCCGCUGCUGUUGCGGCGCCCAUACCCGAUUCCAAUGAUGAUUAUGCACUGCUGAUGGGCGCGGGCGCGGGCAGAUGACAACGUUACAGAAACAAUCAGGACGGGGACGAGGACAACGACUUUGGGGACAUUGGGUACAUGGACGAGAACGAGGAUGGUGUUGAUGUGGCGCCUGGAAUGUUAGAUAUUAGUCAACAUUUAAAUGCCUCGUCAGUCAGUGCAUCGUUGUCCGUUUCGUUUGGCAUGUCGAGCAGUUUGAAGUUUAGCGCCACGUGCAGCAAUAAAACUGCCUCCGAAUGGUCCAACUCAACGGGCGGCGAUGACGACGACGAUGAAGACGAUAAUGACAAUGAUGAUGUGGCAGACGAUAACGAUGAUGAUGAUGAUGAGGAACCGCAACAGCAACGUCGGCUCGUUGUGGUGAGAGCCACAGCGCGUCGAGAUAGAGAAUACAUCACUUAAAGCAGCGAACUGACGAACUCAACCCACGACGCUUUAUUUUCACAUUUCUAUUUCUAUAUAUUUUGUAUUUAUUAUUCUGUUUUGAUUGGUUUGUCAGCCUAAUUAGUGGUUCACUUCCUUUCAUUUAAUUUAAUUCAAUUAGAAUACUCAAGAUAUCCUGUGUGUGUUUUUUGAUGCUCGAUCAGAUCGAGCCGCCUAAAAAAGAGUGGCCUUAGUUUAAAUCGAUGAAGAAAGAUUUUAUUAUAUUAUUCCAAAGAAUCUUCUUGUUAUACAGAUUUUCUAUAUACAUUUUAGGAAUCAACGGCCUAUUGCCGUGUCCGAAUUCGAUUCGAAUGAUGCGGAAUCGAAAUUGGCAAAUAUCCAAACUCAAACAAUUAAUUAUUUGCUUUCAAAGGUGAAAUACCAGAUCCUAUAAAUAAAAGCGAAAUAGCUCAAUAGUUUCUGGGGAUUUAAAUCCAUUAGCAAAUUCGAGUUCACAUAAUUCAAUCAGAUUCGGAAACGGAAACAUGCCUCCAAUCUUUUUUAUAUGCAAAUUUUACAACAGGAACCUUCCCUUCCUCAAAAAAAAAAAAUAUAUAUAUAUAUAUAGAUUUAAAAAAAAGCUUAUUCAACUUUAGAGUCUACAUCUUUUCCAUUUAACAAUUAGUAGUGGUUAGUCUAGUUAUAUGUUGCAUAGUAAAACAAAUAUGAAGAAGAGGAACAUACCUAUAAAAAUGAUUGUGAAUUUUUCGACUGCCGGUCAGAAAAGGGCGUAACUUAAUAUGUAAACAAGAAUUAUUGUAAUAUGCGAAACUAAGCGUAAUAAUAAUAAUAUUAUAUAGUUAUAUGACGAUUUUAAAAA